CGAUUGCAGUUAGGGAGUGGACACAUGUUUACUUAAAUGGAUAAAUAAACAUUAUUAUCACAACUCGUAUAGACAGUUAUUAGUAAUGGACUUUAAACAAUAAAAUUUAAAUAAGAAUCAAGGUAUCGUUUAUCGACCAUCAGUCAAAGAACAAAACAUAAUAAAUACUUCACACUACGUAUCUAAUUGAUUGUUUUUGAACAUACGUGUAGUAACUAAAUGAAUUUUGUUUCAUUAUAUAAUGUGAUUUCUGAUACGACAGUCAUGAAGAAUAUUUUAGCGGGAUUGUCGAUUUUAUUAUGGUCUAUAUUGCAUACUGGGUAUGCUGAUACCAGUGGAUGCAAAGGUUGCCUGAUUCUCACUCCGUUUAUCAAAAAUGGAAGCGCCAGUGAAGCCAGAAAGCUAUCACAAAUAGAUGAUAAAAAUUACUAUGGAAUAAUUAGCCACACUGGCUUUAUUACUGUGAAGGAGACAUACAAUUCCAAUCUAUUCUUUUGGUUCUUCCCGCAUCAGUUUGGACUGGCGAUGGUGCCAUGGAUUAUCUGGUUGCAAGGCGGUCCAGGAUUUUCCUCUCUAGUGGGACUCUUCGACAUGUUUGGGCCAAUUAAAAUUGAAGACGGAACAGUAAAAUUGCGGAACGUGACGUGGGCAAGCGAUUAUUCCCUGUUGUUCAUUGACAACCCUGUUGGAGCUGGAUUUAGUUUUACAGAAGAUGAGCGAGGAUAUGUCAACAACGAAGAUGAUGUUGGCGAACAAUUAUUAGAAUUUAUUCAGCAAUUUCUAGAAAUGUUUCCGGAAUUAAGAACAGCUCCGUUGUUCAUAACUGGAGAAUCUUAUGGUGGAAAGUACGUUCCAGCAUUCGGUAUCCAGAUACAAAGGCAUAAGACUGAUCGUCAUCCAAUUAAUUUGAAGGGUUUGGCAAUAGGCAACGGUUUGAUAGACCCUAGAUCUAUGAUGCACUACAGUGAUCUGGUCAAUGUUAUUGGUAUCUUAGACGAUUCCCAUAUUGAGCGUUUGAGGGUUAUGGAGGAGAAUGUUGUCAAACUUAUCGAUGAAGUGAGAAUGGUUGACGCAGCUAAUAAAUUCAAUGAAACAAUAGAAUUUAUUAAAAAGAACAGCGGUAUUAGCGUGUAUAAUUUCAACCGGAAUCCCUCAAACGGGCUGCCGAGUUUCGAAUCCUACAUAAACAGGCCUGAUGUGAGGGAUGUCAUACACGUUGGAAACGCAUCUUUUAAUUACAACAACCAGGUGGUGUAUAAAAAAAUGUUGCCUGAUAUUAUGAACAGUACAAAACCGUUUAUUCAAGAGUUGUUGGAACAUUAUGGAGUUAUGAGUUACAGUGGACAAUUGGACAUCAUUGUGGCGUAUAGUUUAUCGAAACACACAUACAAACUACUGGAGUGGUCUGGACGGCAGGAAUAUGAACGAGCUCCUCGAAAGCGGUUACGGAGGUUUAUCAAUGGAACUAUUGUGGGGUAUAAAAAGAGUGGAGGGAAUUUUACGGAGGUACUCGUCCGCAAUGCCGGUCACAUGGUGCCCGUCGAUCAGCCGGAGGUCGCAAAAUUCAUCAUAGAUCGUUUCAUCGACGAAUAUAAAUAAAUAUAAACCUAACAUAAUCAUUAAAUAAGAAAACAGAAGCACAAUGAAUACAAUACUGUCGUGCUAAAGUCAAAAGCGGUAUCU